AUGGCAGAAAACCUGGUAGAUACCAGUCGGAUCAAAGAAUGGCGAUCAAUCGUCACUUUCGUCGUUUUCAUCCUCACCAAUAUCAAUGUACUUUUUCCCUUUCAUAUUCCCGUUUACGUUCCUCGACUGCUUUCGGAGACUGUCUCAAGAAGUCUUCGUGCUUUGCGAAUAAUAUCGCCAAAGUCGAACCGCUCUCAGCAUGGCUCCAAACAUGAUCGAAACGGCAAAUUUGGGUCUUUUGCUCGAUUUGACUUUCCCAUGAAUUUUGUGACGGCGCCCUUGAUCGCAGAUCUCUUCCUGCUCGCCAUAUCGGCCAUUGGUAGAGAGGAAGUUCACGCUGGUACAAUCGGGGCGGACAACAUCUCCCCACUCGACAUCAUGCUCUUCUUUCUCACGCUGGCCUACAUCGCCAUAUCUAUCGACGCUUCUGGUCUAAUCAGGUACUUAGCAUUCAAGGUGCUUCAAUGGGGAGGUGAGGUGGGCCAUAGACUCUUCUUUUACCUCUAUGCCUUCUUCUUCGGCCUGGGUAGCUUCAUCGGUAAUGACCCUAUUAUCCUGUCCGGCACAGCCUUCCUCGCCUACAUGACCCGGGUGUCGAGCAACAUUGUCCACCCCCGAGCGUGGAUCUACACCCAGUUCGCCGUGGCCAAUAUUGCCUCGGCCAUUCUCGUCUCCUCCAACCCGACCAACCUCGUGCUCGCUGGUGCUUUCGAGAUCAAAUUCAUCCACUACACGGCGAAUAUGAUCGUCCCGGUCAUUGUCACAGCCAUCGUUCUGUUCCCUUUCUUGCUAUAUAUCGUCUUCGCUGACGAGUCCCUCAUCCCCUUCUCGAUUAAGAUGCAUGAACUUCCCGAGGAAAUGAAACGAAAGAAGCCCGUAAACCCUAAUAUCCCACACGCUAGAGGAAAUGCUGAGGAAGAAGAAACUGGUCUCGCAAAUGACGAAAAAGGCAAGCUUCUCUCGCUCGAAGAGGUCAUGAACCCUUUCUUGGACAAGGGAGGCGCAGCCUUCGGAGCCGUCAUCAUGGCCGCGACACUCAUCACCCUUCUGGCGCUCAACGCUGCUAGCGCGAGUAGCGGCGAGCAUCAAGUCUUCUGGGUGACCUUGCCAGCCGCGUUUAUCAUGUUCUGCUGGGAUGUUGCGUUCGGAUGGUACCAUCGGCAUGAAACGCGCGAAAUCGCUUGCAAGGGUAGAAAGGAGGUUGAAAAUGCGCGAGCCGAACGAGCGAUUAGAGAGGAAGAAGAAGCCAACCGACUAGCUUUACAGCAAGACGGUUGUGAUGCUCUGGCAGCGCACGAAUAUGCUCUGACGCAGAUGCAUUCGCCAGAAGCUCAACAACAAGGUCAGAAUGGUGCUGUUGGUAGCAAUAAUAACAUCGCAAAUGCAAACGACCAGAUACCACAAAUAUUCGAUGGUACCAGUACAUUUCCACCGAAUGUAGGUUGCCUGCCGCCUUCUGCUCCUGCCCUUCUCGUAUCCAAGAACGGCGAAGAUACAUCGAGCGGAGAGAUGGACGAAGAGAAGCCAGGAACGGACGAGGCUAAGCGAGAGGUUGACCACAGAAAGCGAAUCUUGCACGAAAUAGAGCUUCGACAUGCGCGAGGGCGGCCAACGCUCGUCUCACUCGUCGCGGAUGCGUACACGUGGUCGCAGGAGACAUUUCCUACUGUCACGGCCGUGCUGGCUCACCUGCCGUUUGCGCUCGUGCCUUUUGCCUUCGCCAUGUUCGUACUCGUACAAGCUUUGGUCACCAAGGGCUGGGUCCAGGUGUUCGCUUUCGGGUGGGACCAUUGGGUGGAGAAGACAGGGACUGUUGGUAGCAUUGGAGGCAUGGGUUUCCUCUCCGUGAUCCUCUGCAACUUCGCAGGCACGAAUAUUGGCACCACUAUCCUUCUAUCCCGUGUUAUACAAGCAUGGCAACUAAUCCACAUCGUUAACGGGACCCCUAUCUCGGAUCGGACAUUCUGGGCAACAGUGUACAGCAUGGCGCUCGGGGUAAACUACGGUGCAUUCAGCACGGCCUUCAGCGCGUCCCUGGCUGGUCUCUUAUGGAGGGACAUUCUCGCCCGAAAACACAUUCACGUCCGGGGUCUCGAUUUUGCGCGCGUGAAUCUUCCUAUCAUUGCCAUAGCCAUGACAGUCGGCUGUGCCGUCCUUGCUGGCGAGGUGUACAUUAUCAGGGACACAUCUCCUUACAAUUCAUAA